AUGAAGUUCUCCUGGAUUGCCACUCUUACCCUCUUCGGUGCUGCCAUGGCCAUGCCUGCGAAGCAAGAGGCCAAGCUUCCUUCCGGCGCACCUUGCACAAAGGACGGAAAGAUGGGUAUCUGCCAGUCCAACAUCUGCAUCCAAGACGUGCACGCCAGCCAGGGCAAGUGCAAAUAA